AUGUAUCGGCUACCUUACGAAGUGAUCCACCAGAUCACCUCUAAUCUCGCCAUCGACGAUCUAUUACACUUGCUUGAUGCCAUUGACCACCACCCUCAUUGGACGCAAGUGUACCGAUUCAUUUGCGGGACUACCCGAGUUGUUAGAGGUCCCAAAGCCCUCCGUCAUUUAACUAACGUCACCUAUAAAGUGACCACUGCCAACGACAAUGACGUCACCUACCCCGGCAUCACUUACCUCGAGGUGCUUCACCCUCAAUCUGCCCCUGUCAUCCCCGCCCAUAAGGUCAUCUCUGCGUGGGUGGUCCACAAUCUCACCCCACUUUGCUUUUACCCCCGGUUGCGCCAAGUCGACAUCAAAGGAGGUUGUGGGGUUGAUCUCCGGUCGGUGCAUACACUAGAGCAAGUUAAUGCCAGGUACGUGUCCGGCGAGCUACAGCUCUCCGCCAGUGUCAGCGAUGUCACGUUGGUGUCGUGUGAUGUCUCCGUAGCCUUCCCCCCUCAUCUUCGGACUCUCAAAUGUGUCGGCGUCCACUUCCACCAGGUGGAGAUAUCGGCAGAUCUACGACUCGAAAAGUUGGUGUGGAAAGAUGUCAAUUUCCCCUUGACCAUCACCGCCGAUGUCGUCGACUCAGAUCAACCACCGAUAGAGGAUGUUAGGUAUAAGGAGUAUCGAUAUUCGCCGCUGUUGAAAUUUUCAGGCCACAUCGACGCUAGCAAGUGGCAGACACAAGCGCUAACAGUGUAUGAUACGGUGUUUACAAGCAUCUGCUUACCUCAAAACCUUGAGCUGCUUUCGUUAGAUGGGUGUCGAUUAUCAACAAUCCCUCCAUUACUGAACCUGAUUCGCCAUCUUAGUGUCCGCAACAAUAAUUUGACCAGCAUACAAUUAGAUUGUUACCAGCUUAAGAGUCUUGAUGUGUCGAUGAACGAUUUGACCACUCUUACAAAUCUACCGCUACCGCUUGAGGUACUUGUGGCGGCAUUUAACGUCAUAACUGAGAUUGAGAUACCUCCCCGAGUCCAUACUCUCGACUUGACGGGUAACCGUUUAAUUAAAUGUGACAUUCCUUAUCAUGUGACCCACUUCCAACUAUGA